AUGGCGGCAGUUUUCUAUGGUUGUGUCCCAUUAAAUGCUGUUCAGCUUCUCUGGGUGAACCUACUCAUAGUAGCUCUUGUACCACUGUCAUUGGUUACUAAACCUCCAGCAGAUGAACUGAUGCCGAGACUCCUUGUCAAACCCGGACAACCUCCUAAAAGAUAUGUAAAGUGGAAGAGACUGCUUGUUCAGGUCCUGUACCAAAUUGUUGCCAUUCUUAUCAUCAAUUUUCAAGGACGGAGUUUACUGAAAAGUUAUAACCGCGGUCAUGCCAUCAAAGUGAAGAACACAAUGAUAUUUAAUACAUUUGUUGUUUGUCAAAUUAUACAUGAAUUGGAAGCUCGAAAGAAGGGUAUACUAUCGAAGCCUAAGAAGUGGAUUACUUCGAACUAUCUCUUUAUGGGAAUAGUUGGAAUAAUUCUCAUAAGUCAGUUUAUCGUCAUUGAGUUUCUAGGGAAAGCAUUCUCCGCAGUGGCGCUUAACCAGAAAGAGUGGCAGUUUUCCCUCACUCUUGGUUUUACCGAGUAA